GCAACGUCACGUUUAUCUGUCAUGGCGCUGUACAGCAGUCAAUGUUGACUUUUUGAGUAGACCACUGGCUGAAGAAAUUGACACGGUUUUACUCAUAGAAGGGGUACAGUACAUUUAAACGCAAUCUUGGUUUGGUGAACAUCUAUAGAAGUAAUCAGGAUGGCGGAGCCAGGCUCAAGCGACCCUGGUGGCCCCUCUAGCACUCCAGCAACGCCUGGAGGGACUGGCAGGGGAUUGGUGAUGGGACGCCGGCUUCCAGCUACCCUCUCCACCGGCCGCUUCCCUUCCAUGCGCACCAAAGACCUCACCUUAGGAGGGGUGAAGAAGAAAACCUUCACCCCUAACAUUAUUGGCAGAAAAGCUAAAGAAGAGCAGAAGGUUGAGGCUGGGCAAAGGAGGGAAAGGAGAGAGAAUGAUCGGGGUCGUGAGCGAGGUGGUAGGGGUGGCCGGGGCCGGGGACGUCCAGAAGUCAUCCAGUCCCACUCUAUCUUUGAACAAGGGCCUGCAGAGAUGAUGAUGAAGAAAAGAGGUGGCUAUGAAGGUGAGAGAGAUGCACCAAGUGUGGGUCCCUCACCCAUCAUCAACAUUAAGAAGGAAAAGAGGGAGACAGAGGAAGAGACCAAAGACAUUUUGCGGAAUCUGGAACGAGACAAUUUCCUGGAUGACCCUCACCUGAGGAGUGAUGUAAGGAGCUGCCCUGUUCAGCUGCCCCUGGCUGUGUCAGGGUGGGGAUUCAAGGAGGAAAGUGAUGUCACUGAUAUAGCCUUCAAACCAGACAAGUCUGAGGAGGACAUUGAGGCCAUGGAGGGAACAAAUGCAGUCAAAGUGAAGCAGGAGCCAGAAGAUGCUCCAGAGGUCAAGAAGGUGGAACCGACUUUCAGACAACCUCCACUCCCUGAGCCUGAAGUUUUACCUGAACUGCUGGACACCUGGAGUCAGAGCAAAGUGGAGGAGCUGUUCUUCAUCCAGCUCCCUGACUCUCUACCAGGGCAGCCGCCCACCCGAGAGGUCAGGCCAGUGAAGACAGAGAUGCAGUCAGAGGAUGGACAGUCCAUGCUAUUGAAAACUGAAUCUCAAGAGGAGCAGCAGGAGGAGAACAGUUGCCAUCUGAGAGACCUGCAGGAGGGUCUGGUGGGACGACUGUUGGUUCGGAAGUCUGGUCGGGUGCAGCUCAUACUGGGGCAUGUCACACUAGAUGUGGCUCUGGGAACCUCAUGCGCUUUCCUCCAGGAGCUGGUGUCAAUUGGAACAGGAGAGGGCCGGACUGGUGACUUGUCAGUGCUGGGUCACAUCAAACACAAAUUGGUCUGCUCGCCAGACUUCGAAGCCCUGCUGGAGAACAGAGUAUGACAAACCAGGACAGGACUAACAGAACAAAUAUAAGCACCCACCAUUAGGCCAGGGUUUCUACAGUACAGUGGGGACCACAUACAGAAUAACACAGACCGUGCAGCGCUGUAUAAGGUCUAUAAGGACAGUAGUACCACAAGCAAACAUGGCACCUAAAACCUAUACAUGUUUUUUCAAGUGUCCAUUGUUGUAACUUGGCCCUGGAUAGUUUCAGAAUGCGAAAUAGAAAGUCUUGUAAACAGAUUUCCUACCACUAGUUUGUAAGAAAAGCUGGCUUGUUUACAGAACAUUUUAUUUAUUUUUCUCUGCUGAAAGUGAUGGGGAAAGAUUACCUUGUUUGAGAUGUGUGCUAAAUGACUCUAAUAAAGGGAUGGUACAGUA